AUGCGAGCACAAGUGUUAGAGGCCUUCAACACGCCUUACAAAUUCAAAGAUGUACCUGUCCCUCCCGAUCCCACUGGUCAGGACAUCCUGGUCAAAGUCGGAGCGGCGUCGUACUGCCACACCGACGCCGUCUUCGCGUCUGGUGCCAUGUGGCAAGACCUGCCCCGGAUAGGAUCGCACGAGUUUGCGGGCACAAUCGUCGCCAUGGGCCCGGACGUCUCGCCGAAAUUGAAUCUCGAGGUCGGAAUGCCCGUGGGCGUUCCAGGUCGAGCCUUCCAUCCUUGCGGAUCGUGCUACGAGUGCCUCAACAACAACGGUGAUCCGGAAAGGUACGGUGUGUGGUGCACCAAGGCUGGCAACCUGGGUCUCUCGGCCAACGGCGGGUUUCAAGAAUAUUGCAUCGCGGAUUCUCGCCAGAUAGCCCCCAUGCCGGAAAACAUGACCGCGGUCGAUACCGCUCCGCUCAUGUGCGCCGGUCUGACCAUCUGGAAUGCCCUCGAAAAGGCGGGGGUGAAAAUGGAGGCCGGAGGGGGCAAAGGGCUCACGAUUGCCAUUUCCGGUGCUGGCGGCGGCCUUGGACAUCUGGGCGUACAGUUCGCCGUCAAGCUCGGGUGCAAGGUCGUCGCCAUCGAGGCGUCUGACCCGGCGUUAGCUCUCCUGCGGGAUGUGGUCAAGGAUCUAGGGCCGUCAGGUGCCGACGUCACCAUUCUCGAUGCGCGGAAACAGUCUGCCGAGGACGCUCGCGUGUCUGUCUUUGGAUCUCCCGAACCCGGCCUGGAAGGCGAGAAGGGCGUCGAUGGGGUCCUCAUCCUCCCCGAGUCUCAGAAGGCAUUCGAGUACGGGAUGAAGCUGGUAAAAAACCAUGGCGUCUGCGUGACUGUCAGUUUCCCCAAGGAGGGCUUUCACAUGCAACCGCGGGAUCUCGUCUUCCGCCACAUCUCCAUGGUCGGCGUCUUGGUCGGGCGGAAUCGGCAGCUCAGAGCCAUGCUAAACUUCGCAGCGAAGGAAGGAGUGAGGGCGCGAGUGACCACCUACAAGCUGGAGCAGCUAAACGAACUGGUAGACGACUACCAUAAAGGUGCAAGUGGAAAGCUGGUCGUGGAUAUGUCAAAGUGA